GCCGAGGUCGUUGCUGCGGGCGGCGGCGGCCGUUGGCGGCGGGGCCUGCGGCGCUGCGCCAUGGAGGGCGGCGGCAACUCCAAGGGCACGGGCCUCGGCGGCCUCUUCGGCGCCGGCGGCGCGGGCUACUCCCACGCGGACCUGGCCGGGGUGCCGCUAACUGGAAUGAGCCCCUUGUCUCCAUAUUUAAAUUUGGAUCCCAGGUAUCUAGUGCAGGAUACAGAUGAGUUUAUCUUGCCCACAGGAGCCAACAAAACACGGGGCAGAUUUGAACUAGCCUUUUUUACCAUUGGAGGAUGUUGUAUGACAGGGGCAGCAUUUGGUGCGCUGAAUGGUUUGCGGCUUGGCUUGAAGGAGACACAGAAUAUGACAUGGUCAAAACCUAGAAAUGUACAAAUUCUAAAUAUGGUGACAAGGCAAGGAGCAUUAUGGGCAAACACACUGGGAUCUCUAGCUCUGCUUUACAGUGCAUUUGGAGUUGUCAUUGAGAAAACAAGAGGUGCCGAAGAUGACCUGAAUACUAUAGCUGCUGGAACUAUGACAGGAAUGCUGUACAAAAGCACCGGUGGAUUGCGUGGGAUAGCACGAGGCGGCAUUGCAGGUCUGACUCUUACUGGCCUCUACGCUCUCUAUAACAACUGGGAGCACAUGAAGGGCUCCAUAGCCCAGCAGUCCCUCUGAGCAGGGCAGCCAGCGCCAGACAGAGGACAUGCUUGCAUAGUCACCAGUCAAAUCAGUUGAGACCUGUCUGGUGCCCCUUAUUAUUUUAUUUACAAUUAGCAUGAAACUGAAGGAAGACAUCAUGCUGGGAGGAACCUGUUGACACCAUUUAGCUGGACUGGCCCUUUCCUUCCUGCCAGCCAGUUGCUGGAGGCAGCAACAUUUCUUGGACCUGCAAGCAAACAGAAUGGCCACCAGGAUCCAGUCUCUGUGACACACUCACCAACAAGCUCUGGUGUAUGCUCAGAGGUGUGCCCAGGCCUCAUAGUUGUACAUGCUGCACCACCAGGUUUGUUCAGUUGCGUGUACUACACCGAUAGCGCUGCAUAAUAAAGUUUGUGUCCAUAGAGCUAUUCACUGCAGUCCUUCAACAUACAUCACCCCAUCAGCCAGCAUCCAGCAGCUGGAGCAAGCCAGACACGGGGCAAGGCUUGUUAUUCUUACAGCACAGGGUAAGCUGUAAAAAGGGAUAUCAUAAUAAAAAGGGUGGUACUCAUGCAA